AUGGCUUCUUUGACACGUGCUUCUAGCUCGGAGAUGGAUACAAGAGUAAAAGAUUAUCUAGACGACAAGAUACAAACUGCGGCGGACUUUGAAGGCCUGGAGGUAUUGCUUCAACAAGCCAGGACUCAGCAGCAACUGCUGAAGAAACAGCUCGAGGAAGCCAGUUCAGACUUCGAAAGGGCCACACAAGCCCUUCACGAGCAUGAGACCAGCAUCCAAGAGAAGGCGGAGAGCUACCAGGAGCAACAAUCCGAUAUUGAUCGAAGACUGAUUUAUAUCACUGAAGCUACAACAAGCGAUGAUGCUGUCAAAAAGUUCGAGACCAGCAUGGCAAAACUUCGCCGACUCGAUCUUGCUACCGGUUAUCUUCAACUACUGCAAGAAGUAGAUGUUCUAUGUGAACAAGCCCGAAACGAUAGCAAAACCUCAGCGCGAUUAGCCAUACCUGCCUACACUCGGUUGCGCUCACUUGUUAAGGCAUUACACGAUGGGCAGCCUGCAGCGGAAGGUGCUGCACCGCAUCUAGUGGAUCAUGUUGAACAGCAGACGUCAAAAGUGUAUGCCCUGCUGAAGGAGGCCUUGAGCAGCGACCUAAACAAAACCCUUGAUCAAAUGGGGUGGCCGAAAAAGGAUAUGCACUUGGACAGCAAAAUGGUUGCGAAUUGGACGGAGCAAGUUAACACUCUACUAGACUUGCAAGUACCGGAUCUGUUGUUGGAAUCUACCAAAACGCAUAAUGAACCCUCGAAUGCACAGCCGAAAAUUCUACUGCCAUUAGAGGUCAUGGUUCAUCCUUUACAGCUCCGGUUCAGAUAUCAUUUCUAUGGGAAACGAGCCACCAAUCGAUUGGAUAAGCCAGAAUACUUUCUUUCUCACAUCCUCGAUCUUCUGGAAGACCAUAAUGGCUUUCUGGUGGACUAUUUGCAACCAGUGUUGGACGAUAGAUUCCGCGCCGUGCCUGAAUUGGAGGAUGUCCUCUAUCCAGACGCAACGUCUGCUUUCAUUUCUGCUCUGCUGCCAAUGGUUAGUGCAAAAGUACUUACUCUCCUUCCUCAAAUCUCCUCGCAACCGCAACUGUUUUCACAUUUCAUGCACGAGCUGAUGUCGUUCGAUACCACAAUACGCGACUCUUGGGCCUAUACACCGACGCCCCACUCUUUGUCAGACUGGAAAGGCCUCACCUGGUCUGUCUUGGUCACGCACGAGUACUUUGAAUCGUGGCUCAAGGUCGAGAAAGAGUUCGCGUUAGCAAGAUACGAAGCCAUUAUUGCAGCAUCUGACAGCGGAGAAAUUGACUACGACAGCACAGAGCCAGGGUCAACAAAACCAACCAAGAGUGCUAUCCGGGUCAACGACCUCCUGGAAACAAUCACAGAUCGCUACAGACCGCUUUCUUCUUUCAGCCAUAAAUUGAGAUUUCUUAUUGAUAUACAACUUGAAGUCUUUGAUCAAUACCACCAACGGCUUCAUGGAAGUCUCGAGAGGUAUAUCAUGGACACUUCAACACUAGGCAAAGUGAUUCAAGGAUCUACAGGGACUGCCAACGACGCUAGAGGCAUAAACAACGUGAGCGGAAUGUAUGGUCUUGAAAGUCUGAGCAAAGUCUUUGGCAGCGCCGAGUAUCUUGAGCGCAAGAUGUCAGAUUGGGGAGACGACAUCUUCUUCCUCGAACUUUGGGAGGAGCUGCAGGACCGCGCACGGCGAAAUGCUGGCUCAAAAGGGACCGUCGGUCGUGACCUACCAACGUCUGAUGUCGCGUCCAGAACAUCAGCCUCUAUCAAUCAAAUAGAUGAUCCCGAUAGUGGGGAACCAGAUGGAGGAGCGCUCUUCGAUGAGACAGCGUCGGCCUAUCAACGACUCCGAUUAAAGGCCGAGGAGCAGAUCAAUGAACUCCUCAUCAGCGCCGUCACUGCUUCUCUACGACCAUACUCCAAAGUCGCUGGCUGGUCAUCCCUCAUCUCCUCUGGCACCACUGCCUCCAUGCAUUCAUCUUUCACCCCAACAUCCGCCUUAGACAUGCCCCUCCAACUCCUCUCUGACUAUCUCUCCUUUCUCGCAAAAGUCCUAGCAGCAUCUCCUCUACGACGUAUAACCCGCCAGCUCUGUCUCGCGAUUCAAAAAUACAUCUGGGACAAUGUUCUCAUGCGUCAUAACUUCUCAGCGAGUGGAGCAGAACAGCUAAAGGGUGACGUGGAGGCGAUUGAAAAGGUCAUUGAUGCCUCUAUAUACCAACCUGGCGAAGCGGCGAGGGGGAUGAGGAGGUUGAACGAAGGAAUUAGGUUACUUGGAUUGCCGAUCAGGCCUUCUACAAGUAACUCGAAAUCCGUUGCUGCUGCUGGAGUGGAUGAAGAGAUGGAGAAGGAGGAAGGAUGGGGCUUUGACAACGACAACGACAACGAUGACAGCGACGAGGGAGCAACUGCAGCAGCGGGCGCGGAGUCAGAUGGAGGAUCAGACACCUCUAACAAGGACGCCAGCGGCGGUGAUAGAGUCUUUUCUCUUUGGGAAGUGGAGAAACGCGUCUUCAAAUCCAACGAGUCAGCUAGAAAUGUCCUGCUGGACAUGGGAAUCGAGACACUGAGCGAGUCGGAUGCGAGAGCGGUUUUGGAACGCAGGGUGGAGGUUGGGAGCUGA